GUAAAUAACCGUCAGAGCUGGGGGCGAUUCAGUCUCGGUCUCAGGCCGCGGCCUCUGUGCCUCCACCGGGUCGACCCGGCUCCGGACUCUGGUUCUUUCUUCGCCACCACAAUGCACCUCGCACCCACACCCUCCACUUCCUCCCGCACGUAGAAUCCGUGAGCCGCCAGGCACCCGAUCAAAGCCCCUCACCCGCACCGGCACCCGCACCCGCGCUGAUGGACAGCUCCAAUAACUCCUCCAAUUCUUCUUCCCGUUCUGCCCCCGCCGUCGUCGAGGAGCCGGAGUACCUCGCCCGCUACUUGGUCAUCAAGCACUCGUGGCGUGGCCGCUACAAGCGAAUUCUCUGCCUCUCGAACGUGGCCAUAACCACCUUGGACCCCGCCACGCUCUCCGUCACCAAUUCCUACGACGUCGCCACCGAUUUUGACUCCGCCGCGCCGAUCAUCAGCCGCGACCAGAACUCCAACGAGUUCAAUUUGAGUGUUCGGACGGACGGACGGGGGAAAUUCAAAGGCAUUAAGUUCUCGUCUAGGUACAGAGCGAGUAUACUGACCGAGUUGCACAGGAUUAGGAGGAAUCGGUUGGGCGCCGUCGCUGAGUUUCCGGUGCUUCAUCUCCGGCGCCGGAAUGCCGAGUGGGUCCCAUUCAAAUUAAAAGUUACUUAUGUUGGGGUUGAACUUAUUGAUUUAAAAAGUGGAGACCUCCGUUGGUGCUUGGAUUUCAGAGAUUUUGAUUCGCCUGCCAUUGUUUUCCUUUCUGAUGCUUAUGGGAAGAAAGGCGGUGAACAUGGAAGUUUUGUUCUUUGUCCUUUAUAUGGAAGAAAAUCUAAAGCUUUUCAAGCUGCUUCUGGAACCACGAAUUCAGUUAUCAUUGCAAGUUUGACCAAAACAGCAAAAUCUAUGGUGGGGUUGUCACUAAUUGUGGACACUUCUCAGUCUCUCACUAUACCAGAGUACAUAAAGCGAAGGGCAAAAGAGGCAGUUGGAGCAGAAGAAACUCCAUGCGGAGGUUGGUCUGUGACAAGGUUGCGCUCUGCUGCUCGUGGAACUUUAAAUGUUCCAGGGUUGAGUUUGAGUGUUGGCCCAAAAGGUGGACUUGGGGAGAAUGGUGAUGCUGUAUCUCGUCAACUGAUUCUUACAAAAGUUUCUCUUGUUGAAAGACGCCCAGAGAACUAUGAAGCUGUUAUUGUUCGACCUUUAUCUGCAGUAUACGCACUUGUUCGAUUUGCUGAGGAGCCCCAAAUGUUUGCAAUUGAGUUCAAUGAUGGGUGUCCCAUCCAUGUUUACGCAAGCACGUCUCGUGAUAGCCUACUGGCAGCAGUUCGGGAUCUAUUGCAAACAGAAGGCCAAUGUGCUGUGACUGUGUUACCAAGACUGACAAUGCCUGGGCAUCGCAUUGAUCCACCUUGCGGGAGGGUCCAAUUACAAUUUGGACUCCAGCAGGCUGUUGCAGAUAUGGAGAGUGCAUCUAUGCAUUUGAAACACUUCGCAGCAGCUGCCAAGGAUGCAGUUUCUGAAGGUGGUUCUAUUCCUGGAUCAAGAGCUAAGCUAUGGCGUAGAAUAAGAGAGUUCAAUGCAUGUAUACCAUAUAGUGGAGUUCCCCCGAACAUAGAAGUACCUGAGGUGACUUUGAUGGCUUUAAUAACAAUGCUUCCAUCUACGCCAAAUCUUCCUCCAGAGUCCCCUCCCUUACCUCCACCUUCACCUAAAGCGGCUGCGACGGUGAUGGGCUUUAUUGCAUGCUUACAUAGAUUACUAGCUUCAAGAACUGCUGCUUCACAUGUCUUGUCUUUUCCUGCUGCUGUUGGAAGAAUAAUGGGCUUACUCAGAAAUGGUUCAGAGGGUGUAGCUGCUGAAGCAGCAGGCCUUGUCGCAGUACUUAUUGGUGGUGGUCCCGGGGAUACAAAUAUACUAAUGGAUUCUAAAGGAGAGCAGCAUGCCACAAUUAUGCACACAAAGUCAGUGUUGUUUGCCAAUCAUGGUUAUGCUAUUAUACUCUCCAACAGACUUAAGCCUAUGUCUGUAUCACCAUUAUUGUCAAUGGCUGUUGUUGAGGUUCUUGAGGCUAUGAUAUGUGAACCACAUGGUGAGACAACACAAUACACAGUGUUUGUUGAGCUGUUACGCCAAGUAGCUGGUUUGAAGCGUCGUUUGUUUGCAUUGUUUGGACAUCCGGCUGAAAGUGUUAGGGAAACAGUGGCUGUGAUCAUGCGUACAAUUGCGGAAGAAGAUGCAAUUGCAGCAGAGUCAAUGCGUGAUGCUGCAUUGCGCGAUGGUGCUCUACUGAGGCAUUUAUUGCAUGCGUUCUUCCUUCCUCCUGGUGAGCGACGUGAAGUUAGUCGACAGCUUGUUGCUCUUUGGGCAGAUUCUUAUCAGCCAGCUCUGGAUUUAUUGUCUAGAGUUCUGCCUCCUGGGCUUGUUGCUUAUUUGCACACACGUUCUGAUGGAACUCAAUUGGAAGAUGCGAAUCAAGAAGGAUCCUUGACCAGCAGAAGGCAGAGACGCUUACUCCAAUUGAGGAAAGGUCGUGCAGGGAGAGGACCAACAUCUCAAGAGCAUUCCUUACCUAAUAUAAACAAUUCUGAAGUUGGUGAUCCCAUGACACAGACAGGUGGUGGUGCUUUUAAGGCUGAUAGCAAUCAAAGGUCUGCACUGGUUUCGAGUUCUGGACAGGCUUCUAUUCUUCAAUCUUCUGUUGCUCAAAGUCAAACCGGUGAAAAUUUGAUGGCUGAAGUCUUUUCAGGUGUUCCACAAAAGAAUCAUUCAGCACUUGUGGCGUCAGCUGAUAUUCAGUCAACGAGCAUUCAUGAGGCAGUGGAAGCAAAUACUUCAAUCUCAUCUGAUUCUGAUUCCAAUACUACUGGUUUCCAGAGCACAGGCCUCCCUGCUCCUGCUCAGGUUGUUGUUGAAAACACUCCGGUGGGAUCUGGCAGGCUACUUUGUAAUUGGCCUGAAUUCUGGCGAGCAUUUAGCCUUGAUCACAAUCGUGCAGAUUUGAUCUGGAAUGAGCGUACCCGGCAAGAGUUGAGGGAGACUUUGCAGGCUGAGGUUCAUAAGUUAGAUGUUGAGAAGGAGCGUACUGAAGAUAUUGUUCCAGGAGGUGCUAUGGUAGAGACUGCGACUGGUCAAGAUAGCGUGCCACAAAUAUCUUGGAACUACUCUGAGUUCUCUGUUAGAUAUCUAAGCUUGUCCAAAGAAGUUUGUGUGGGUCAGUAUUAUCUGCGUUUACUGCUUGAGAGUGGCAGUGUUGGCAGGGCAAAAAAAUUUCCAUUGCGCGAUCCAGUUGCAUUCUUUAGAGCACUCUACCAUCGGUUCUUAUGUGAUGCAGACAUAGGACUUACCGUAGAUGGUGCUGUUCCAGAUGAAAUGGGUGCAUCUGAUGAUUGGUGUGACAUGGGAAGACUAGAUGGUUUUGGAGGUGGAGGAGGAUAUUCAGUGAGAGAGCUCUGUGCAAGAGCGAUGGCAAUUGUGUAUGAACAGCAUUACAUGACAGUGGGUCCCUUUGAGGGCACUGCUCACAUCACAGUCCUUUUGGAUAGGACAGAUGAUAGGGCUUUAAGGCACCGCCUUCUUUUGCUCUUGAAGUUCAGUAUGGGGAAGGUGAUAACUUUCUAUAGUUUACUGUUUGUGAAGGCGUUAAUGAAGGUUUUGUCAAAUGUGGAGGUGUGUGUUUUGGUGGGAGGAUGUGUGUUAGCUGUUGAUAUGCUAACAGUAGCUCAUGAGGCUUCUGAAAGGACAGCUAUUCCUUUGCAAUCUAAUUUGAUUGCUGCUACUGCUUUUAUGGAACCGCUCAAGGAAUGGAUGUUUAUUGACAAGGAAGGAGCACAGGUUGGACCUGUUGAAAAGGAUGCCAUUAGGAGAUUUUGGUCAAAGAAGGAUAUUAACUGGACAACGAGAUGCUGGGCUUCUGGGAUGUUGGACUGGAAGAGAUUGCGGGAUAUCCGUGAACUUCGUUGGGCUUUAGCUGUUCGAGUCCCUGUUCUCACGCCAACUCAGAUUGGUGAGGCAGCAUUGUCCAUAUUACAUAGCAUGGUAUCUGCACAUUCAGAUUUAGAUGAUGCUGGAGAGAUAGUUACCCCAACUCCUACAGUAAAAUGGAUCUUGUCAAGUCCACGCUGCCUUCCACAUAUUGCUCAGGCUAUGCUUUCUGGAGAGCCAAGUAUUGUAGAGGGUGCUGCUGCUUUACUUAAGGCCGUUGUAACUAGAAAUCCCAAGCCCAUGAUUCGACUAUACAGCACAGGGGUAUUUUAUUUUGCCCUGGCAUAUCCUGGAUCUAAUCUCCUUUCAAUCUCCCAACUCUUCUCAUUGACUCAUGUUCAUCAAGCAUUUCAUGGUGGUGAAGACGCUGCAGUUUCCUCUUCCUUGCCUCUGGCGAAACGCAGUGUAUUGGGUGGGCUUCUUCCUGCAUCUUUGUUGUAUGUAUUGGAACGUAGUGGUCCAGCUGCAUUUGCAGCUGCAAUGGUAUCGGACUCUGAUACUCCAGAGAUUAUAUGGACACACAAGAUGCGAGCGGAAAAUCUGAUUCGUCAGAUUUUGCAGCAUCUUGGUGACUUUCCUCAGAAAUUGUCUCAGCACUGCCAUUCUUUAUAUGAAUAUGCUCCAAUGCCACCAGUGACAUACCCAGAGUUAAGAGAUGAAAUGUGGUGUCACUGUUAUUACCUCCGGAACUUGUGUGACGAGAUUCGAUUUCCAAAUUGGCCAAUUGUUGAACAUGUUGAGUUCCUACAAUCAUUAUUAGUAAUGUGGCGUGAGGAGUUGACAAGACGGCCAAUGGAUCUUUCUGAAGAAGAAGCUUGCAAAAUAUUAGAGAUUUCCUUGGAAGAUGUAUCAAAUGAUGAUGCCAACACAAGGCAUUCUUUUGAGAUGGGUGAGGAGAUGCCUAGCAUAUCCAAGCAGAUUGAGAACAUUGAUGAAGAAAAGCUUAAACGGCAAUAUAGGAAACUUGCCAUGAGAUACCAUCCAGACAAAAAUCCUGAAGGAAGGGAUAAGUUUCUUUCUGUACAGAAAGCUUAUGAGCGCCUGCAGGCCACUAUGCAAGGCUUGCAAGGCCCUCAGCCUUGGCGACUGUUGCUUUUAUUGAAAGGACAGUGUAUCUUGUACAGACGCUAUGGAGUCAUUCUGGAGCCAUUUAAAUAUGCUGGUUAUCCAAUGUUGCUCAAUGCAGUUACUGUGGACAAGGAUGAUAACAAUUUUCUUUCCUCAGAUAGAGCACCCCUCCUGGUUGUGGCAUCAGAGCUUAUUUGGCUGACGUGUGCAUCUUCUUCAUUGAAUGGAGAAGAGCUUGUGAGGGAUGGUGGCAUACAACUUCUUGCAAAUCUUCUUUCGCGUUGCAUGUGCGUAGUUCAGCCGAGCACUGCUGCAAGUGAACCAUCUGCCAUAAUUGUUACAAAUGUGAUGCGAACCUUUUGUGUUUUGAGUAAAUUUGAGAGUGCCUGGGCUGAGAUCCUUGAAUAUUCUGGACUAGUUGAUGACAUUGUGCAUUGCACUGAACUUGAGCUUGUACCUUCUGCUGUCGAUGCUGCUGUCCAGACUAUUGCACAUGUGUCUGUGUCCACUGAAUUGCAGGAUGCUUUGCUGAAGGCUGGUGUCUUAUGGUACCUUUUGCCCUUGCUUCUUCAGUAUGACUCCACUGCAGAGGAAUCUGAUGCAACAGAAUCACAUGGAGUUGGUGCUAGUGUACAAAUUGCCAAAAAUAUGCAUGCUGUACGUGCCUCGCAGGCACUAUCAAGGCUUAGUGGCUUGUGUAGUGAUGAGAGUACAACACCCUAUAAUCAGACUGCAGCUGCUGCCCUCAGAGCUUUGUUGACACCUAAGCUUGCCAGUAUGUUAAAAGAUGAAGCACCGAAAGACCUACUAUCUAAACUAAACAAUAACUUGGAGUCACCAGAGAUUAUCUGGAACUCCUCAACCCGAGCAGAACUACUGAAAUUUGUGGAUCAGCAACGUGCAAGUCAGGGUCCUGAUGGUUCAUAUGAUAUGAAAGAUUCACAUCUGUUUGGGUAUAAGGCACUAUCAAAAGAACUAUAUGUUGGCAAUGUUUACUUGAGGGUCUAUAACAAUCAACCAGAUUCUGAGAUCAGUGAACCAGAGGCUUUCUGUGUUGCAUUAGUUGAUUUUAUAGCAUAUCUUGUGCACAAUCAAUGUGCUACUGAUUCUGAAAUUAAGGAUGUACCAAAUCAGAAUGGCUCGUCCCUUGAGACACCUGAGGAUUCUAAUGAUGCGGCUAUUGGAUCAACUGAUGAACAGAAUACUCCGGCUGAAGAUUCUGCACUAUCUAAUGGACAAGUAGUAGAUAAGGAAGAAUUUGAAGCUGCUAAGAACCUUAAAUUUGCAUUGAAUUCACUUAAGAACUUACUGACAAGCAGUCCAAAUUUGGCGUCAAUUUUUUCUACAAAAGAUAAGUUAUUGCCUCUUUUCGGGUGCUUUUCUGUGCCUGUUGCAUCAGAAAGCAACAUUCCUCAACUUUGCCUGAGUGUGUUGUCACUCUUGACUACAUAUGCUUCCUGCUUGGAGGCUAUGGUUGCAGAUGGAUCAAGCCUUCUUCUUUUAUUACAAAUGCUUCACUCAGCCCCAACUUGUCGCGAAGGGGUUCUUCAUGUUCUUUAUGCUCUGGCCAGCACACCUGAACUUGCUUGGGCAGCUGCCAAGCAUGGGGGAGUUGUCUACAUCCUUGAACUUCUUUUGCCUUUGCAGGAAGAAAUUUCCUUACAACAAAGAGCAGCAGCAGCCUCUUUGUUGGGGAAGCUUGUUGGCCAGCCAAUGCAUGGGCCUAGAGUUGUUAUAACAUUAGCAAGGUUUCUUCCAGAUGGCUUGGUUUCAGUUAUUAGGGAUGGACCUGGUGAGGCUGUUGUAGUUGCCCUUGAACAGACUACUGAGACCCCAGAACUUGUAUGGACACCAGCAAUGGCUACUUCAUUGUCUGCACAGAUUUCAACUAUGGCAUCAGAUCUGUAUCGCGAACAGAUGAAAGGUCGUGUGGUUGAUUGGGAUGUACCUGAGCAGGCAUCUGGACAGCAAGAAAUGAGAGAUGAGCCACAGGUUGGCGGAAUCUAUGUUAGAUUAUUCCUAAAAGAUCCCAAGUUUCCUCUCAGAAAUCCCAAGAGAUUCUUGGAAGGACUGCUAGAUCAGUAUUUGACAUCUAUUGCUGCCACACAUUACGAUACACUAGCUGUUGACCCUGAACUUCCUUUGCUUCUGUCUGCUACGUUGGUUUCGUUAUUACGAGUGCACCCUGCACUUGCAGAUCAUGUUGGAUAUCUUGGAUAUGUGCCCAAACUCGUGGCUGCUGUGGCUUAUGAAGGAAGACGAGAAACAAUGGCAUCAGAGGAGGUAAACAAUGGCAAUUAUGUGGACAAAACAGAUGAAUCUGAUGACGGAUCCACACAGCCCACUCAAACUCCCCAAGAACGUGUGCGCCUUAGUUGUUUACGUGUUCUACAUCAACUGGCAGCUAGCACCACAUGUGCUGAAGCUAUGGCAGCGACUAGUGUAGGAACUCCUCAGGUCGUUCCCCUUCUAAUGAAAGCAAUAGGAUGGCUAGGUGGAAGCAUACUAGCUCUUGAGACACUGAAGCGUGUUGUGGUUGCUGGAAACCGAGCUAGGGAUGCACUUGUUGCACAAGGACUUAAGGUUGGUCUUGUUGAAGUACUUCUGGGCCUUCUUGAUUGGAGAGCUGGAGGAAGGAAUGGGCCUUGCUCUCAGAUGAAGUGGAAUGAAUCCGAAGCAUCUAUUGGCAGGGUGCUCGCGAUUGAGGUUUUGCAUGCAUUUGCAACGGAGGGGGCGCAUUGUACUAAAGUACGUGACUUGUUAAAUUCCUCAGAUGUUUGGGGUGCUUAUAAGGAUCAGAAACAUGAUCUUUUCCUCCCUUCAAAUGCUCAAUCCGCUGCUGCCGGAAUUGCUGGGCUAAUUGAGAGUUCAUCAUCGAGACUCACUUAUGCCCUUACAGCUCCCCCACCACAACCUGCUCCAUCCAGACCUGCUUCAACUUCAUCCGACUUAAAUGGAAGACGGAAUCACCUUUCAUAGUACCGGAAACACUGCGCAUUUACCAAAGAGUAAAGACUCGGUACUUUUCUGUAUAGCACACUGUACAGUUUUAACACUUUUUUUUUUUUACCGUCCACAUGUUAAUUGGUAGCUUUUGCGAUUUUCCCAACGAAUGGUGAGAAAAAUUCUGUAAAGAGGAAUUGCCCACCUGUAUAUAGAGCUGAGCUGAUUUUUGUGUGAUCUCAUCAUCUUGGGCAAUUUUCCUCCAUGUUUUAUGUUGAUUUUAUCCUCCUAUAAACUCUUGUUUCUUCGUGUUCUUGAUUUCUUAAUAGAAGGUUUCUUCGUUUUUCUU